CCCGAUAUUCGUGAUUGCUGGUGCUGGUUUAGAGUAUUUGAUGAUAACUUGGCGCCCAUUCGGUGUAAAUUUUUAUGAAGUAUACAAACGUAAACAAGCCAAAGAAAUAGCUGCCAUUAGAUUAAACGAAGAACACUAAUGUCUGGAAAUAUAUCAAUUGCUGCUUAUGUGAAAUUUUCGCUAAUGGCCAUAACCUCUAUGAUGUUUGGAUCACAACUAGUUCAUAACCAAUACAAACCGUUGGAUGAUUUAGAAGAUUAUGUAGAAAAAGAAAUGGAAAAACUUAAAGCUGCCAAAGAAUUAAAAGUAUAAUGGAUUGGCAGAUUACUUAGCUAAGACAUUUUGUGAUUAUUAUUUAACAAUAAUUAGAUAAAAUAAAAAUAUUUAAAAAAAAAUGAUAUGAUUUGAUUUUCAAAAAUAAGUUUAACAGUUUUGUUUAUUAUGCAAUAUGCAACAAUUGUAUUCUAUUUUUAAGAUUAGCUUUUUUAUUAUUUUAAGUAUAGUAUAAUAUUAUCUUGAGUGCAUUUGAAUACUAUACGGAAUGUUUAAUCAGACAAUAGUAAAUUACAGAUUUUGUCAAAUA